AUGGACAGGAAAGCCAUCCAUGAAUUUGGAGAUAUAUUCCGUCUUUACCGUAUCUUUGUCACAUCCACCGGCUUAGAAUUACCUACCGAUUUAUCCAACAAGUUUGGGAAAGAACCCGAGGAUUGGUUCCAUUAUUAUAUCACCAAGGCAACCGCCCUUCACGCCACCGACCGGGAUGUCUUGAUGGCCCAAGCCAUCAAAGAAUACGAAGACGCAGAAAAGUUCUUGAUCACCUUUCAAGAUGAUAUCAAUUAUUCCGUCCUGAUACAAGUCGCCUCUAAAAUGCUUUGGAUAUUAGAUGCAUUUCCUUCUUACGCUGGAUCGUAUUACAUUCUAAGUUACCUGUUAUAUAUCGUCAAUCGAUUUGAAGAUGCUCUUGAUGUGAUGGACAUGGGACGUCUUUGUUCAACUUCAUAUCCACCAUUCGACGGUAACAACAACAACAACAACAAAAAGAAUUUGAACCGCUCCCAUGGAACUAAUUAA